CCCCACUCCACAAGCUGCCCCUCCACGCCAGUUGACGCUUAUUCGCUCGACGUCCAGCCCUCCUCUCGCACCUGCAUGCAACCUCUCCAUCUCCUUCCCGCAGAUACAAAGUCCUCCGGCGCACUGCGCGUCUAUUCCCCCAUUCCCCACCACCCCCUUCCGGGUGCCCCCUUCCGCCCUCGUAGUCCCGCUCACCCUAGCACUCCCUUCGAGGCAUCCUCAAACGGUCGUUUCGAGUACCCCUUUCCCUCGUCCCCCUACACCUCAUCUUCUGCAUCAACCUCAUCUUCCACUCUAUCCACCUCCCCAAUCUCAACCCGACAGCCUCAGACCCCCGCCAGUACCUCUGAGCAUUCCUUCCCCCUUUUAGUGUCUACAUCCCUCUUCCCAUCCCUCCCGUCCCUCCCAGUGCUUUCCCUCUCCAUCCCAAAAUUUCCCUCUUUUUCUCACGCCCCCGCCGUCAUCCCCGCCAUCGCCUCGUCCCGCCCGCACCCGCGCCCGCACUCCCACCCACUCUCUCACGACCAAACCCACUCGUAUGAGCAGCCCCACGCGCACGCGCACAUGCAUGCGCAUGCCUCAUCUGUCUCUGCGACGGCGGUGCCCGGCACCCGACGUGCAGUCCCCACUCCGGAACACGAGCCGCCCGUCCCGCCCGCCCUGAGCGCGCGCUGGCGGCGCGGGCGCGCGACGAUCAUAGCUGACAGGGAAGCGCGCGCGUCGAUCCACAGGGCAAGCGGGCGCUCGAGCGGGGCACGAGGUGCAACGACCGGCCGGCAACCGGAUCGGGCGAUGUAA